AUGCAGAAGGAAGUACUGGACGAAACACAUCAAAUGAUGCCCGAUAAUAAGAGACGAUUGGGUAAAGCUUACAAGGAACUCGAGACUAUGGUCGCUGAUCUAGUGAGCGCAGAACCAAAGCUAGACGGACCAGAAGAAAUAUUGGGUGCUCGCACCAUCCUAUCGGAUGUCACUGUCGCAUAA